AUGUGGCCCCUGGCGUGUGCACUGGCCCUGGCUGCAUGCUCGUCGGUCAGCCCCCUCCUCCGAGAGACCACCGCUGAUCCUCCCAUUGCUACAGAGACACAGACUGAAGUACGGACACAGCCAGAGCUUCAGACAGAGGCACAGACUGUGGCACGGACACCGACAGAGCCACAGACACAGCCUAAGCUACAGACUGAGUCACCAACAGAGUUAGAGUCACAGGCAGCUACCAGCAACCACACAGGUCUGUUGUGUGUGUCCGUGCUUCCCCCGAGGCGGGGGUCAUUCUAUGUGGAGCAUGGGACAGGGGUGUCGGUGGGUACAGUGCUGGCCUUCUGGUGCAGGGAGGGCUACCAGCUGGUGGGCAGUGAUAAGAUCUCCUGCAGCGUCUGGGCAGGCAAACCCCAGUGGAGCAACUUCCUGCCAGUCUGUGAGGCCAUGUCGAGGCCAGAGGACCGGGGUCUGCGCGUGGCCGUGUUGGCCUCAGUGGUCAGUGGCAUCGUCAUCCUGGCUAUGUCUCUCUCCUUCAUCAUCUGCUGCCUGCAGGAACGCACUGGGAAGGACAGGGCCACCGGGAGGGACGGCAGGAGCAGGCGUAGAGACACGCAGUCUUCUCGGCGUAGUGAGUGCUGGCUGGAGAGAGAGGAGGAGGACUGGGGCACGUUCCCCCCUCCUAAGAUCUUCCACCUGUCACAGCGGCCGGACCUCCGGCUGGCUGCAGAAAGCCCUGUCUACCUGGGGGGCAUGGCCGGCUUCGACAACCGUGGAUACCAGAGGAGUCAGGAGAGCCUACUGAAGGCCCCGCUUCCUGGUCUGUUCCGGGCGGAGAGUCAGAUCAUCUACCCCCAUGUGGUGCUCCAGAGAGUCCCCACCCCCACCGCCCCAACUGCCCCUGUCUACCUCCACAACAUGCCCUCCAACUCUGCCUCCAACUCCGGAUGCGAGGCCAUCACCAUCUUCAACCUGGUGGCCUGCAUGUGUGUGAAGCGUUACCAUGCUGCAGCCCAACCCGUCCUCUACCUGCAUCUGGGGAAGUGGGAGUACCAGCUGGCCGUCUACGGCCUGGUGUGGGCCAUCACCCAGAGUCUGGUCAUCCUCACGGGCUUCACGGAACUCGAUGACCUCCUCAGCUCGCCACUGUCAUCUCCGUCCUCUUCCUGCUAA